GAGGUUUUUGCAGGAUCUCACAACCAGAGAGCAGUUUCAUCCAGGAAAGGAAUCUCCAAGGCAGAUCCAACUAAUUCUUUAGGCCAUUUUGACCUCCCGCUUGGUGGACUGCAGCUGACCAGCAUGGGGACCCUUCACACCUUUCUCCUCAUCCUGGUGGGCCUGAUCGGGUCUCGGGCUCAGGAAGAUCUCCAAGGGAAGGCCUUUGUUUUCGCAGAGGCUUCCACCACGGCCUACGUGGUCCUGAAUACGGCCCAGCAGCAGCCUCUGACCGGCUUCACCGUCUGCCUGAAAUUCUACACGGACCUGACCCGGGAGUUCGGCCUCUUCUCUUGGGCAACCAGCACCACCGACAACGACAUCCUCAUAUUACGUUCCAAGCCCACCUUAUACAACCUUUACGUGGGAGGAACCGCCGUGAGCUUCACGGUCCCAUCCAGACAGAGCACUCGACCUGGCGAGGAAAAGCUCUGUGUGAGCUGGGAGUCGGCCACGGGGUUAGUGGAGCUCUGGUUGGACGGUCAACCUUUCCCCCGGAAGGGGGUCAAGAAAGGUUACUUCAUCCAUCCCAAGGCCUCCAUUGUGCUUGGGCAAGAUCAGGAUUCCUACGGAGGCGGCUUUGAUGCCAGCCAAUCUUUUGUGGGAGAGCUCAGAGAUUUGUACAUGUGGGACCGGGUGCUGACAGCCGACCAAAUCAGCCUCGUGUGGGAUGACAGCACCCUUCCCGACUACCUGAUUAACUGGAGAUCUCUCCCGCACGAUAUCAGGGGUUAUGUCGUGGUGAAGCCCUUCCUGGCUCCUCUCUACUCAGCCCAGUGAUUCUGAAGAAGAAAUGCAAAAUAACGAUGAUGAUGAUGAUGAUGAUGAUGAUGAUGAUGAUGAUUGAUAAAAAGAGAGAGCCUAUGGAAUUCUUUUCAAAAUGUGUGCAUAUUCUAUGUGGUGCGCCUGUGCACAUGCUUUCCUCCUUGACAACCAAUUCCAUUCAAUAAAAGUUUUCAUGCAAUGAAA